UCCAGCAGGCGGCGGUGUUUCGCUUUUUUAAAACACUGCGACAGGCGAGGCCGUGUGUUCUGUUACUCGGUAAACAAGAUGGCGUCCGGCAGUGGGUCCAAUAAGAAUGACUUCCGUCGGAAGUGGGACAAAGACGAGUAUGAAAACCUCGCUCAGAAACGACUGGCUGAAGAGAGAGACAAAGAGAGGAGAGAUGGGAAAACGGCUCCGCCGGUCAAGCGGGACCUCCUGCGCCACAGAGACUAUAAAGUGGAUCUUGAGUCCAAACUGGGGAAGACCAUCGUCAUCACAAAGACCACUCCUCAGGCUGAGAUGGGCGGUUACUACUGUAACGUCUGUGACUGCGUCGUGAAAGACUCCAUCAACUUCCUGGAUCACAUUAAUGGCAAAAAACAUCAGAGGAAUCUGGGCAUGUCUAUGCGAGUCGAGCGCUCGUCUUUGGAUCAGGUGAAGAAACGUUUCGAGGUGAACAAGAAGAAGAUGGAGGAGAAGCAGAAGGAGUACCACUUUGAGGAGCGCAUAAAGGAGCUGCGUGAGGAGGAGGAGAAGGCAAAGGCCUACAAGAAAGAGAAGCAGAAGGAGAGGAAACGGCGGGCAGAGGAGGACGUGGACUUUGAGGAGGACGACGAAAUGGCGGCUGUGAUGGGUUUCUCUGGCUUUGGCUCAGUUAAGAAGACUUACUGACGCGCUGCAGCUCCACAGUUAGGACCACCACCCCCUCUCAGUCAGCUGGACUCUGAGACCAGAACCAGACUCUGAAAACAGCAAGUCCUGCUGCAGGCUCACUGUCCUGGCAUCUUUCAUCGUCCUGGUUCAGACUUUUAAACCUGAAAAUAUUCUUUCUUUUUUACCUACAAACAGGCUCUUAUUUUUGGUCGUUUAUCCAUCACUGUCAGUUCUGACCACAAGCAGCUUUCUGCCGGAGGCGCACAUGAAAAUGAAUGUGAAGAUUCUUUAAAUGUUUGUGAUAAUCUCUGUGUAAGAAAACUUCUGAGCUGAGAAAUGAUGGGCAGUUGGACCAAAAAUAAAACGGCAGUGGUUUCCUUUAAGUUGA